CGUCGCUGAGAAUGGUGAAGCAGCGUCCUUGUCCGAGGCUAUGGCUUGCCGAGUGCUUGAUCCUCGCACCAGCGCUUCGCGUGUUUGGGCCUUCAACACGGGUGGUUCGCUGCGCUUCAUUGGCAACAGAACGGAGUUGCCGAGUGCUUUACAGCAUUUGUGGGACAUUGUCCGCAGAUAUACGCGUGAGCCAAUUGUGCCUCCACCCAUCAACUUAGGCAAUGCAGAACAACUUGAACUGCGAGAACUGUUGCUUGAUGUGAUGAGAGGCCACAAUCUUACUGACAAAGAGUUGGAAGAUGCUUUUCGUGGCUUCGUGCUCACACAAGACAAUAUGAUUAAGCUGGUUGAUGUAGCUGAGCGGCUUCGUGCUCACCUGCCUUGCAUCCUCAUGGGUGAAGCUGGUUGUGGAAAAACAGUACUGCUGCGGCUCACCACCCGCUUGUUGGGUGCUGGUGAGCUGGAUGAGCAGCAAGUGCACGCUGGCACCACGGAAGCUGACAUUUUGGAAGCGCUCAGCAGAGCGGAGGAGCUUGCUCGGAAGAAGGAGGAAUCAAAGAAGGAUGGUGGAACUGAGCAUAUGGUGGUCCAAUUCUGGGAUGAAUUGAAUACGUGCCCGCACCAGCCGCUUUUCAAGCAAAUCCUGGUCGACCGCGUCAACCCGAGCACCAACCAGCCCAUUCACAAGGGCUUGCGAUUCGUCGCCGCUUGUAAUCCUUGGCGCCGUGCAAGCCAAGGUAGCGUGGUGUGCGCGGGGUUUGAAAGCCCAGUCGCCCAAGAUGAUCGCCUGGCUGGCCUUGCAUAUCGAGUGCAUCCCUUGCCAGAAAGCUUGUUCACACACCUAUCCUCGUUUGGCCAGCUGGACCUUGACACUGAGCAGCAGUACGUCAAAGAGAUGGCAUCUCAACACCCACAGCUCCUAAAUCCUGACGACCAAUGGCUUAUACCAGAUCCAUUGACCAAAUCAAUGUGCGAUCAUGCGGCUCGAUAUGUAUGCAUAAUCCACAAGUUCUUCCGGGAUUUUGGCUCUUGCGUCUCGUUGCGGGACCCAAAUCGUUUGUUGAAGCUUUGGGGGUUUAUUCGCUGGGAAUUGAAACAGAGAGAGAAGCUGAAUAUGCCUAAGGGCUCCCUGACCCGUCACUUGUCAUCAGAUGCUUCCAAAGGAGAAGUGAAGUCCUUGGUGUUGGCGAUCCAUUUGGCCUACGAAAUCAGACUUCCUGAUCUGGAGAAGCGGAACGAGUUGCUGGCAACUCUUUUUGAUGGAUCCAACUUGGGUUCCCUCUUCCAGAAGUACUUCCCAGAGACUUGCAGCGAUGAGCUUGAGCGUAUCGAGACCUGGAGGGGAAUAGUAGAGCAAGAGCAGGACUACUGGUUGGAGGCCAUUGAUGUGGCGGACAAUAUUGCAAAAAUUCGUGCAUUGAGAGAGAACAUUUAUGCUACAUUGAUCUGCUCCAUGACCCGCACGCCCAUUUUCAUCCUAGGGAAGCCUGGUUGCUCAAAGUCCUUGACGGUGUCUCUUUUGAUCAGUGCCUUGGCCGACCCCUACAAAGACCAGCUGCUGCACUUGGCGAGCUUCAGUGUCCAGCCAUACCAGGGCAGUCGCCAGUCAACUUCGAGUUCCUUGCUCGCGGUGUUUGAGCGAGCACUGGCCAGACAGAAGAAGCUCCGGACUCUGAAUCGAAGAACACGGCCAUUGGCCUUGGUUUUGCUGGAUGAAGUUGGACUAGCGGAGCAGAGCCCUCACAAUCCGCUCAAGGUGCUCCACGCACGCUUGGAGCCACGACGGGCUCAAGAUGCAGUAUCGGUGAUUGCCAUCAGCAAUUGGGAGCUUGAUCGAAGCAAGUUGAGUCGUGGUUUGUUGUUGGCAUGCCCACCACCAUCAGAAUCAGACUUGAGCCAAACAGCUUUGGCGAUCAUUCGGGCCUACUUGGCGCACGAAAGCCAGAUCCGGGGCCAAUUGGAAGCCAGUUUGGGCCAUAUGGCAACUGCUUUCAUGGAGAUUCUAAAGAACCAGGAGCCUCAAGACUUUCACGGCCUCCGUGAUUGGUAUGGCAUGUGCUCGUUUGCAGCACGCCUGUUGCUGGCUGCAGAUGUGGAGAUGGGUUUCGGCUCCGAGGAGGUGAAGCAUGGAGCUUUGAUGCAUGCGGUCUCCCACGCUUUGCGCAAGGAAGCUGUACAACUGGUCAAGCUGUGCAGGGAGAGGGAAUUGCAGUUCGUUCCUGCCGAUUGGGCUUUGAAGAUGGCCGUCCUCAACAAUGUGAGCGGCAACCACUCUUCAGGUGCGCUUCACAAGAUGCUUCACAGCCUCAGCCAGGAAGAGAAGCAGGACUCCUACCAGUCGAUAUCAGCUCUUGAGCAAAUCUACCCAGAGGUACUCCAAGUGUCGAAUCGUUUGGAUAGUCUGCUUGGCGAUGUGGAUGGUCGCCAUAUCAUGGUGAUCACUGAUUCUCCUGGGCCUGUGAUUGCUUGGAUUCAGCAUCGUGCUCGUCAAAUAGCGAAUUGGAAUCCUGAGAGCUUGGUCGGAAGCCCGCUCGAGCAAGAUCAGGCGAGCACUGACAUGUAUGCUCAGUCUAUGAUCCAAGCUGCAAUCGUCAGUAUGGCUCAGGAAAGGCGGCUUCUCGUACUUCAAAACUUGGAUAUCAUCUACGCAGCCUUGUACGAUGUCUUCAACUCCAACUACAGCCGUGCCAGUGGCCCCAACAGUCAACGGUAUUGCCGAAUUGCUCGGGAAGGCUUCUGCAAUCCACGGUGUGCAGUGGCUGAUCAAUUCAAGGCAGUACUUGUGGUCACGAGGGAGCGUGCAGCUCGCUACGAGCCUGCGUUGCUGAACCGCUUUGCCAAGCUAGAGGUGGAAUUGGCAGAUUUGUUGGGUUCCAUGGACGAAGUCCUCGAGUGGCGGGAGGAGGUGGCGUUGAUGUGCCCAGCAGCAGAGGGGAAGAACGGAGAACUGCCAACUGACUUGGUUGCAGCGUGCCCAAUUGAUGAAGACGAGCCCGAUCUGAGCACGCUCUUGCAAAGCCUUACAUUGUCAGCUUUCAUGCGACAUGCUCAGCGCACAUCGCUUCACACUGGUGAGAUCAGUGCAAAGGAGGCCUUAUUCUCACCCCUGAUUUCGCCUGAGUUCUUGGAGGGUCAACCGAACUCGCCAUCGUGGUGUCGCAGCUCCAAGUCUCACUUUGGGGAGCUGCUGCAGCAGAUUUGCGAUUCUUUGGGUGAUUCUCAGCAGGACAUUGUGGAUUACCUGCGUUUCCAAUUGGAGUGGUGCGCUGGAGAACUCUUCGGCCUCCUCCAUGAAAAGCCUGGACUGCUUACCCAGUCUGCUUUGCAUGUCCUUGCGGUGGUGGCUCAUGGUGUUCGAGGGGAUGACGGAAGUCGAAGCAUUCGACCCUUCUUGUUGGCAGGACCUGUCACUGAAAGGACCGAUGCUUCGCCUGAUGUGAAGAUGUUUCAAUGGACUGGCAUCGCCGUGGAUCACUUCUCCCACUUAUUGCCAUGGGGAAUGCGGCCCGAGGAGCUCUUGAACGGCACGAUCAAGGAAAUUUUUGGUCUUCAGGACGAGUCACCUGAUCGUUUCCGAAGGAUUCUCGCUGAUGCAUUGCCUCAUGUUGUUCCACGCUUUGGAUCUGAACCUCAUCACGCAGACAGCUUUGUGAUCAUUCAAUCCUUGAUGCGAGAGAUCAACAGCAAACCGGAGCUUGUUAGUGGGAUUCGUUCUGUGCUGGCUGAGCAGCUUUCCUUGGAGGAGGCAGACUGGCGCAUGGAUGUUGCAAAGAACAUCGAGUUGUUGCGACGCACUGGCCCCUUUCAGCUCGCCCUCCUGUCGCACCUCAGACGGGAUGACAAGAUCCAACCGGUGAUCAAAGCAGUCUGGCAACACAGCUUGCACACAAGCUGCCCCAACAAGAUUGCGCCGGAAGAAGAUGCCAUCCAAAGUGUUCACUGGCGGCCAGUGGCUGAAUCGUUGUUGCACCACGUGCUCAGUUCGGCAAUUCACCAGGCUGAAUGGGAGCCAAUGCUUUCGCAGCGUCAUCCCGGUGAAAUGCGAACUUUGCUUAUGCCAGGGAGUGCUGCAGCCAUGCAGAUCUUGCUGCCCCAACUUCAAUCCAAGGAGGGGCUGCGGGAUCGGAACUUUAUUGAAGUAUUGAUGGAUCAAGCUGUUCAACUUGCAGCAGUGUUGCCACGAUGCUUGCCCGCUACGCUUUGUAACGCAUUGAAUGCAGUUGGCCAAUCACUGUCCAGCGGGAAGGCCGGCGAUGUAAUCGGCUUGUUUGGUGAUGACGUGAUCACUGAAAUGACUGCGCGUGCUUGUGCCAGUGUACAAGAAUGGCCGGGGAGCGCGACUUUUGAAUCAGUCCGUUUGCAUCUCCAUGUCAUCGUUCGUGCCUUGAUGCGCAACAUGGCCCGGCAACAGGCAGAUGAUGCUGGCAACCCCAUUGAUCAGCAGGAAUCAAAGCGUGAUGAGUAUCCGCACAUGUUGAAAGCUCUUCUGCCCGCAGUUGCGGCAGUGUUGCUACUGCCUCUUUCGCAGCAGGUCGCAGCCUUGCAAACGCAGUUUCCAACGUUACACACUUGGGCUGAUUGCUUGGAGGCUCUUCUGAACCCUUUUCCGCUGGCAGGCACUUGGAGAACUUUCUUUGAACGUGGGAUGCAGGACUCCUUGCAGCUCCUGCAGCAGCUCUCUGUGGCCAUUGAGGAUUUUGUCAUCACCGUAGGCUGCACAGACGCGAGCAUUGUCAGAGUUGCAGCCAUCAGCCACAUGCUGUCAUCCUCCAAAGGCAUUGCGCCAGACAAGGCCAUGAGCAUCUUAAGCUUUAUGAGGAACAAGUCCAACGUCCACUUGCUUGAGGCUGUGGCUGGUCUCAUCGAGGUGCAAGACAUUGAUACCGCCAUCCCACUUGUCGGAGUGUCCUAUGCUUUGCAGCUUCUAGGUGAGGAGUCUAAAAAAGAUCCUGCCGCACUCAAGGCUUGUCUCACACUUAUGAAUCAAGCUAUUCAGCGCUCAGACAACGAUUUCCAGAAGUUGCACCCUCUGAAAACAUACCUCCAGCAGAUCUCGAUCUAUUUGAUGGAGCACCUGAUGUCCAGGGUUGGGGUGUCAACCAUCAACAGCUGGCCUGAGGCGGAAGAAAUCGGCGAGAGAGUUCUUUCCGAAUCUUUCUAUGCACUGAUGGAGGAGCAGGAGGCCGGACUCACCACCAGUGCUACAGUCAUGCAUCUCUUGGAAGAUGUGUUGCCCUCCACAGCUCAAGGCUGCGGUUGGGACACGCCUUUGGUUGCGUGUUUGGCAGCUGCCUUAUCGACGACAUCUCAGCUGAGCUUGGUGAUCGCCAACCUAGUGAAGCAUUCACUCAAGAAAAAGUUAGGAAACCCGUCGAAGAGAGCUUUGCAGAUGUUGGAAGAUGCCUUCAAGAAAACUUUGAGUAUCCUUCAACGGCGAGAUCCUCAAAAGUCUCAAGUGUUUGUUGCUUUUGUGCUCGCGAGAGAACUCGUUUUGCACAGCGUGGAUGUGGUCGAGACUUAUUUGGAGACAGACAAUGAGGAGUUGCAACAGAGGCUCGAAAAAGUCUUGACCUGCAUUGUUGAGGCUUUGGAGAUGCAGUUUGCCGGAUCUACCAGGGUGGAUGCUGACACUGCCAUGCUGUUGUGCACCUAUGAGGGUCGAGAUCUUCGAGUGGAGCAGCUUCCUACAGCCUUUGCAUCGCUGUAUGUGGUAGCGGCAACACGACGACGGGAGGCACCGCUCCCAACGAACACAGCGAUCAAGCAUUUGUUGGAGGUCGUCGCUUUCAUCGCGGGGGGGGGUGACAGUGGCCUGCAUUGUUUCCUUGAGAGCUGCAGAGAUGAGAUGGUGACACUUUCCAAUGCCCUGGGCUUAUCGCUGUUGCUUCCAGACCAAAGCAAGGUUGCUGACAUUAAGACAGUAGUGAGCUGCCUGCACGAUCUUGGUUCAGAAGAGCAGUCGUGCUCGCAACAGGCUGCAAAACAAUUCGAAGGUCUGUGCCACGAAAAGCGCGACAACUUCCAAGCUUUGCUUCAAAGCAUGCGUGCAGUGGGAGAAGUUGCUUGCAUGCAAUGCUCAGCCGAAGAUGAAGAGACACUCGACCUAGCGGGCCGAAUCGCCAGAGAAUUGCCCAGUGUUCUAGGGCCGGCUGGGGUUCUGUUGCGCUUGAAAGCAGAUGAUGAGACCCCGUGGAACAUAGACUUCCUCAACAUGGAUGCCGAAAAGGCCUGGCAAGCAUCUAUCUUCGCGCACCUCAUUUGCUUCCUUGGGGCGGCCCAUGUCAGCAUCAACCGGAGGCAAGAGGACUUGCCACCAGCUAUCAAGCCAUUUGUUGCUUUCAACAGCAUCGACGAGCCGACUCUGAAUUCCACGUUUUGGCCUGGAGUGCCCAAUGAUUGGUGGCAGUCCUUGAGGUACUCAGGUUUGCACAAACACUUGCUGCCUGUCACAGGGAACAUAGUUUGGGGCCAGUGCCAGUGUGGGUACCGCUAUUGCUAUGCCGAAUGCGGUGCCCCUGUCUCUGCCGCAAAAUGUCCGAGCCCGGAGGGUGAAGGUCGCUGUACUUUGAUGAAUGGAGGCCAGAACCACACCUUUGCGCCUCACCAGCAGCUGAUCGCAGUGGUGGUUACUGCACAUCCACACGGAACGGGGUGGCCUCCGGUCUACUCCUCAAUGAGCCAAGGGUUCCCAGCUGCUUUUCGGCCUCCACCACCUUCUCCAGGUCUUUUUGCCUUGACGGAGGCUGACUUGCACAUCUCAGUGACAGAAAAGGAGAGAGCAGUGGUUUCCCACAGUCUCAUGUCUGAAACAGUCCGUCAAGAUUGGAAUCAGCCACUUGGUAAGCCUCCUGAUCCGAAGAGCGGUUUGCACCCAAUAGCAUUUCGAGUGCUUCAUCUUUUGAUCCACGCCAGUGCCCUGAUUGGGAUUGAGAUGGAAUGGGUACAGGAACGAGACAACAUCGUCCAACUCUUACAGGGACACCUUCGGCAGGUUGCUCGAAUGAACCCAGUGAGGAACGCAAAUGACACUGUGUGGUAUUUCAUGGCGAAUGUGGAAGCAGAUUUGGAUGCUCUUGCCAAGUUGUUGAAUGGAACCCUAGAAGUUGCAACGCUCUUCAUGCACGCUGUGCUUCAUCGACUGGGAUCCCUUCAGCCACAUGAGCAGCCAAGUGGACAGACUUUGACGAGUCACAAUGCUCGAGUUGCUUAUGAAACCUGGUUCCACAACACCAUCAUUCAGCCGAUCUUGGGUGAGAAAGGUGCAAGCGGUGACUUUCCACUGCCUGGCGUUCAUGCUCUACGUAGAGAGGCGGGCCAGGCAACCGACCCCAAUUUGCUCCUCAAAGCUGAUUUCCUUGCGCGCAGAGGUCUUCAAACUGGUGCCUGGGCAAACAUGAAGGAAGAUGUGCGCGCAGCAUUGCUGCCACACGUUCUCAGGCCAUUGGUAUCUGCCUCCAUCGGAGACACCUUUGAAGAACUUGUUGCUGCUAGCAUGGGGGGCAAUCGCUUCGUGAUUUUACGGUUGCUCAUGGCUGGAGUGGAGGAGGAGAGUGCCUCCUGGCGUAUUCUUCCUGACCUUGCACGUGCAGCCAGUCUGGCGUGGAUCUUGCCAUUCAUGCAGUUGGUCCGGGACAAGGAGGGGGGCAAGAUAACCAUGAGAGAAGCUCGCACCACAACGAUACGAAAAUGGCUUGAAAGCAGAGCAGGUCACGAGCAGCACCAUGCCUGGAUCACCUUCCGUAAUUUCGAAGCCGCUUGGAACGCAGCUUUGGCAUCCGACCAGUUACGAGAUGGCUGUGGAGUCAUUCGGCUUCCAAGAAUCACCCUAGAAUCCCCACUGGCAAUGGCUUGCCCUAUUGCGAAUCCUGAAAAGCCGCAGCAUGGUGACAUUGAAGUGGGAAAUCUAGACAAGCCAGAGCACAUUGCAUCACUUGGGUUGCAUCACCUUGCAGUGAGCCACAACAAGCUGAUAGCGCAGGUCAAUGCCUAUCUCGUUGCUUCGAAUGCCAUCGCCGCACAUGUGAGAGCUAGAUUACAUCCUUCAGCGGGACUGUGCCAGUCCAGUGGCCAGUGCCAACCCGCAGCAGAGACGUGCCACGACCAAAGUGUGCGACUGAUACAGAAAGCAAGUGCAACGGACUUGUUUGUUUUCCCAUCGCAGCUUGAGGAUGCUUGUGCAGUCGAAGAUGAUGUGCAUCCACAUGGGCCGAGAACCUUCCGAUUGGACUAUAAGAUCGGCACUUUUUGCCAAGACUUCUUUCAAGUUCCAUGGAGUGCAGAUCCCCCAGCUCGAGGUGAACAUGAUUUCGAAGCCAUGGAGAGCGAUCUUGCAUGGCGGCUCAUCGUGGGUCGACGGCCGCUCCAAAUCUGCAGUGACCUGGGUGAGGAACAGGACCACAGCAACCUGGACAAAGACAUCGACGCAUUCCCAUAUCGCAUUUUUCACGGCAGCGUGGAUGUGCGAAUCCUGAACCGUCUCAAAGGCUCCCGGCUGGUGCAACAAGUGUCGCUCAGUGAGGCUCUCAGUGUUCAAAAGGCUGAGGACCUGGAAAUCUCCUUCUUCCGCGACACGUCCCAUGCUUUGGAAGUGAGCAAAAUCACAGGUGAUUUGAUCGCCCUAUUGCUGGGGGUCAAUGUGGCGCAUGCUUUCCGCAGUGACAUGACGCUGCUCGAGUUCGUGGAAGUCUUCACUUUGGUUGACAAGGCACCCCACCAAGAUCGCAAGUGUGAAAAUCACCCGGAUGCACUGAUGCGAAUUGCAGACUUGCCGGACGUUGCCACAGUCCCACUCAAUGCGCUGGUAGCUUUACAUUUGCUUUCCAAAGAUAUGCUUGCAAUGACUCGGGGCGUAAGCAUCAAGACGCGGGACACUGGAACGGAGUACACCAAAUCCUUGGACCUUCCACCCCAGUUCAAAGACGGAUUGGAUAAACUCAAGGAGGAGUGUCCACAAGUGCUCGCGGUAGUAUGCCGUUUGGUGGCACGCACAGUGUACUUGGCAAGUGAGCUGCCACUGGAUCAUGAUCACCGGCAUGAUAAAGAAAAGUUCCAGAAAGCUCCUCCACUUUGUAUGCUUGUCAAGCAGAUGGACAUCUUGGACGAACUUGCGGAGGUUGGAGAGGGCAAAGAGGAACAGGCCGAAGAGCUGCUUGAGAUGCCAGUGCCACUUGAUCUUGAAUACUGGAAUGACUGGAACGAAGGACAUGCCAUCGCAGCGGUGAAGAUCUACCGUUCCUUGUGGUCCGAGAUCCGGGAACCGUAUCUGGCUCCUGCCAAGCCGGUGCUGGCUGCCUCCAAUGACCCAGCCGUCGCCAGUGGCAUGGCAAAGGGCUUGGCCACAUCCGGCUGGCUUCAGCCCAAGGUGGGUCGUGGACGUGGGCCGCGUCGUGUAAAGGGCUUCAAGAAGAAGGACCAGGAUGAGUCCGAAGAGGAUGGGGACUGGGAAGUGAUUGACCCAAUCGAUCCCACAUCUCCAGUGAAGACUCGGCCAGUGAAGGCUGGCAGAGGCAACAAAUCCAGUGCAGAACGUCAGAGACAGGAUCAGGCAGGCGCGACUUUCGUGGGUAAGGUGCAUUACUCAGGAAGCUGGGCAGACGAAUUGGCGGCGAUUAUGGCCGACAAGACUGCCGAGUCGUAUUCUGUCCGAACGAAGGGCGGACAAGGUUCAUCCAUCCCAUUUGUUGCUGGCGGGCAGCCGGGAGAGCUGGUCUCUACUCCCAUGAGCGAGGACUUCCCACUGAUUGUGAUCCCUAAGAAAGCUGAGGCAAAUCCUCACAAUCCUCAACGGCCACAAGGGCUUGAAGGACUUGACUUCAUGCGUGACGUGCUUGAGAAGUUCAUCAACCAGAGAGCAGGCGGCCCAGACCAUGGACGCACCAUUGAGAAGGAGGAUGCCAAACAGGUGGCCUUGGCCUGGGACGAUGUUGAGAUGAUGGGUGAGGCCCUCCAGCCGUUGCUCAUGCCGCUGGGGCAGGACGUCGACGUGACGGAGGAGAGAGGGAGGUUUGUCACUGAGUUCCACCAACACUUCGAGCAGCAGCAGAAUAGCAUGCCUCGACCAAUCAAAGAUCAUGUUCAGCCCUCACAGCUGCAAACAUGCAUCCUUGAAGCUAAAGGGUGGACCUUGCGCAAGUCACCGGGAGACGGGCACUGUCAAUUUCAUUCUGUCGGCUUUGCGGUGGGUGAAGGUCAUGAGACGGUGCGCUCUCAUGCACUUGCAUGGAUCACGCAGCACAGAGAGGAAUACAAGAUGAAGAUGGUAGUGGAACGCAAUGGCACUCCAGCCUCAUUCACCGACACUGUCGAAGAUGAUGAGUUGGAGAGCGCCUUGGACAAGUACAUCGCACGCAUGUCGGAAGGGGCUUGGGGUGACAACAUUACCUUGCAUGCCUUGGCCCACCAUUACCAGCGGGAGAUUCGCGUACUCACAGACAAUGUGAAGAAUGCCUGGGUGCAGAUUGAGCCAGGCUUCGGCAACCCCAUCUAUGUGGCUUUCUACGCGGAGUUUCACUACGACUCUGUGAUCACCGAGACACCGACUCUGUGA